UAAUAUAUUUAUAUUUAACAUGGAAUUAUAAUUAUUGGAAGGAACGUAAUAUUCCAUUUGUAAAGCCAUCAUUGAUUUUUGGUAAUAUUAAAGAUCAAAUAUUGAUGCGAAAAUCAUUUAGUGAUGUAUUUCAUGAAAUUUACACAAAUUUUAAUGAUUGCAAAUAUGUUGGAUUUUAUUUAUGGCGAAAGCCAGCACUUGUGAUUCGUGAUCCAGAAUUAAUCAAAAUGGUUUGGUCAAAACAAUUCUCAAAUUUUUAUAAUAAUGCAUGGUACUUAAGUGAAAAAGUUGAUCCAUAUUUCUCAAAAUCACCAUUUUUUGAAAAUGAUCAAAAGUGGAAAGAAUUACGUCAUCAAUUAACUCCAACAUUAAGUCCUGGAAGGAUUAAGUCAUUGUUUCCUGUUUUUCUCCAAGGAAUCGAUGAAUUACAUAACUUUAUUAAAAAAAAUGCUAUUAAUGAUAAAAAUGAAAUUGAUUUAAGAGAUUUAUGUAGUAAAUAUACUACAGAAGUUUCCACGCAAGCUUUUUUUGGUGUAAAAGCUCAUGCAUUUGAUAAUGAAAAUUCUGAUUUUUUGAAUGUUGGCAAAUUAAUAUUUCGUAAUUCUGUUCGUUCAUCUUUAGAAUCUAUAUGCAUGAUGUGUGAUAAAUUAUUUGCGCAUUAUUUUCGAGUUAAAAUAGUAAAUGAAAAAGCAUUCGAUUUUUUCAAAAAAUUGGCAGUGGAAAUAAUGGAAUAUCGUAAAACGAAUAAUAACUGCCAAUACAAUGAUUAUUUUGAGCAUUUAUUAGGUUUACGAGAAACCUACAAGGAAUAUGAGGAUGUGAAUAAUAUUGCCCGGCAAUUAAUUACCGUAUUUUUCGAUAGUGCCGAUACUACAGCGAGUGGUAUUACAAUUGCAAUGUUCGAAAUUAUAAGACAUCCAGAAGUCUAUAAGAAAUUACGAAAUGAAAUUGAUACAAUUUUAUUAAAAUAUAAUGGGCAGCUGACAGUGGAAGCGAUACAAGAUAUGAAUUAUUUAGAUAUGUGUAUAUCAGAGGCGUUUCGUUUAAAUGUUCCAUUAUACUUUUCGUUACGAGAUUGUACAGUUCCAACUGAAUUUCCAAUGCCCAAAGAAGCACAAAGUGAUGGUAGCUUACUUGUAGAACCAGGUACUACAAUAAUUGUACCAAUGCAUGAAAUACAUCGUGAUUUGAAAUAUUUCAACGAUCCUGAUGUGUAUGAUCCUGAAAGGUUUUCUGAUGAACGUAAAAGUACCAUUCAAAAGGGUACAUAUUUUCCGUUUGGUGAUGGACCACGAAUGUGUUUAGGUAAAAAUUUUGCAAUUGCUGCAAUAAAACAUUUUAUUAUUGCGUUGGUUCAAAACUAUGAUAUUAAAUUCAAACCAAAUUCAAAUUAUACAUUAACACCAAAUGUUGGUAUAAUGUUAAAUGUUGUACUUUUUAAACAAAAAUUUAUGAUAAAUUUUGCAAAACGUUAG